CGUUGGGUAUGUUGUCAAGAUGGAGUUCUUGCUGGGAAAUCCUUACAGUACUCCGGUGGGACAGUGCAUUGAAAGGGCCACAGAUGGCUCCCUACAAAGUGAAGACUGGACUUUGAAUAUGGAGAUAUGUGAUAUAAUCAGUGAUACGGAAGAUGGGCCUAAGGAUGCUAUAAGAGCUGUGAAGAAGAGACUUAAUGGGAAUAAGAACUACAGAGAGGUGAUGCUUACACUGACGGUUCUUGAGACGUGUGUAAAGAACUGUGGAUAUCGUUUCCACUCACUCGUCACCACCCGGGACUUCAUCGAUGGUGUUCUGGUGAAAAUCAUAUCUCCUAAAAACAAUCCACCGGCCAUAGUGCAGGACAAAGUGUUAGCUCUGAUACAGGCUUGGGCAGACGGCUUCAGGAGUAGUCCAGAUUUGACAGGAGUAGUCCACGUCUAUGAAGAAAUGAAAAGGAAGGGUAUAGAGUUUCCUCGAUCUGACUUGGAGACCUUGUCCCCCAUCCACACACCACAACGGCAACAAACUGCUCCAGAGAUGGACCAGCCAAAAUACAAUCCCCCAGCCCAACCCAAGCCACAGCCUCACUCUGGCUCCGUUCCUCCCUUCUCUGCCCCUGUUACCCACACUUCUCCACAGAUGCCCAUUCUGCACAUCUCUGGACCCAUCAACCCUUCCCCUGAACAGAUUUGCAAGCUGCGCAGUGAGUUGGACAUCGUCCGUGGGAACACUAAGGUGAUGUCGGAAAUGUUGACAGAGAUGGUACCCGGUCAAGAGGAUCCAUCCGAUCAUGAGCUUCUACAGGAGUUGAACAGGACAUGCAGGGCAAUGCAGCAGAGGAUAGUUGAGCUCAUCUCACGUGUGUCCAAUGAGGAAGUCACAGAGGAGCUCUUGCACGUCAACGAUGACCUCAACAACAUCUUCUUGCGAUAUGAGAGAUACGAGAGGUUCCGAUCUGGCCGAUCAUCUCAAGGCAUUAACAAUGGGGUCCUUAACGAGGCUUCAGAAGAUAACCUGAUUGACCUGGGACCGGGGUCUCCAGCGGUGGUCUGCCCCAGGAACAGCGCUACUCCUCCGUCUAGCCUGCCUCCCUCCGUGGCUACAAUUCACUCUGCCUCUCCAGUCACACUCUCCUCCAGACUGGCUGUUUUGGAUGUCGGUUCAGAAAGUGUGAGUGGUACCUUGAGCUCUCUGACCAGCUGUCAACCUCAAGAUGACUUUGACAUGUUUGCCCAGACCAGGACUGGCACCAUUCCUGACCAGAGGAAGAGUGCACCAUUCGAGGACACAAAGGCUUCAAGUGGAAUGGCCCCGACUUUGGACAUCAGACAACAAAACACUGGGGCAGCUCUUGACCAGUCCUCUGUCAUGGAUGACAUUGAGGAGUGGCUCGAUACUGACGUGAAAGGAGAUGGAGAGGAGGGUGUGACAAGUGAAGAGUUUGACAAGUUUUUAGAGGAGAGGGCCAAAGCAGCAGAGAUUGUGCCCACACUGCCGGCGCCCCCUAGUGACGACCUUUCAGCUGCUGCAGGUGCUUCCGCGAGUGCAAGUAAAAAGGCGGGCAGAUCAGAGGACGCACUCUUUGCUUUGUAGAUAAGUGUCAGUUCCUUUGGGGUGGCCCAAGACUACUCCUGUGUGUGUAUUGGGUCAGCUGAUUUGCAGAUACAUCAGCCUCUCCCUCUUUCUCUCCUGCUUCCUGUUUUUCCAGCACAAAUCAACACUAGCAUGGCUGCCUCUUGUGCCCACUGAUGUAAUUGGAACUGUUUCAUGAUACUAUCCAUAAAAAGAUAAAUUUUCAUAUUGGACAUUUUCAUGCACUAGUUUUCAUUCCGUUUGAAAGUGGUGUACAAGAUCCACCCAUAAAUUAUUUUAAAUAUGUACUGUUCCCUGUGGGUUUGAGAGGUCGGUGUCUAUUUUUUUAAUGAAUAUUUGUGGUACAAAGCAAGGAAAUUCAUGUUGAAGUCUACAGCAGGUCGAGUCAUGUCUAGCUUUGUGUUCUCUGUGGUCCUGCAUGCAACAGUGGAAAAAUCCUAUCUGUCUUUCCUCAAGAAUCUUAAAAGGGAACUUUUUUUGUCCAAUUUAAUUUGUUUUAAAGGGAUGUUUAAGUAGGUAUUAUUUAUUAUCAAGUUUCUUAAUACCUCUAAAAAAGGUAUACGUCAACGGAAAGCUGAUGGCAGCAGUUCAUGUUCACAUUCAGGAACAUUUUGACAAAUUUGAGAAUUUUGCAACAUAUUAUCGAAGAUUAGAAUGACCCUCGUUAUUUUAGGAUGCAUGACAAUCAUAACUAUUAGAGAGAGAAGUUUUUUUUUUUUUUUUUUUUUAAGCUUAUUUUAUUUCAAAUUUAGCAUUGGUUUUUGUUAAUUGGUUUACCCCAUUUUAGAGUAAUUAAAGGGAUAGUUCACCCAAAAAUGAAAAUCCUCUCAUCAUUUACUUACUCUAAAGAUUUUUAGAAGAAUAUUUCAGCUCUGUUGUCCUUACAAUGCAAGUGAAUGGUGACCAAAACUCCAGAAGCUCCAAAGAGCAGAUAAAGUCAGCAUAAAAGUAAAUCAUAAGACUCAUAAGGAGUUAUAUUUUGGUCUGUUCUCACCCAAAACCAACUGGUUCACUUAAGAAGACAUUGAUUAAACCACUGCAUUCGUAUGGAUUACUUUUAUGCUGACUUUAUCUCCUUUUUGGGGCUUUUGGAGUUCUGGUCACCCUUCGCUUGCAUUGUAUGAACCAACAGAGUUGAGAUAUUCUUCUAAAAAUCUUUGUUUGUGGUCUGCAGAAAAAGAAAGUUGUACACAUUUAGGAUUGAAUGAGGGUGAGUAAAUGAUGAGAGAAUUUUCAUUUUUUAGGUGAACUAACCCUUUAACCCAACAAUGAAAAAUCUGUCAUUUAUUAUUGUUGUUCCAGUCCUGUAUGACUUUCUUUCCUCUGUAGAAUACAGAAGGAGAUAAUUUAAUGAUAAUUUAAUCCAUUCCUGUUGGCUGAAUUAAUUCAUUGGCAUUAGACAGUAGCUCACUUUAAUGCUUAUUUUGGGUUUGAACAUGAGGGUGAGAAAUUUCAUUUUUGGGUGAACUAUUCCUUCAAAAGGCAAAAUGUCAGAAGUUAACUACUGUACAUAGGCCACACCAUAUGAGGAAAUUAUUUAUUUCACUGGAUACUUUUAAAUGCUAUUAUUUUACUUGGCAAAGCCAUUGCAUAUUAGAAAGGAUUAACAGGAACAAAAAAUUAUUUAAAUUUAAUUUACACUGAAAGAAUUAUUAGCCUUUUGGCUGUGUUAAAAAAGCUUUUGUUCAAAUACAAAAUUUUUGCUAUAGUUCAUUUAAAUGCUGCCUAUUAUAAGACUGAAAACAAAUGGAAUUUACGGCGUGCUGAUGGUGACUGCAAGGCAGUUUAAAUUGGAUUUUACAUUGCACAACUACAGCAGAAAUGGUGCCAAGCUUAGUAUUGUUGCUAUUAGGGAAUGCCUUAAAGAACAGAAUGUAGGUAGUUAAAAACGAGGGAUAGUCAGCUAAUGGUCAUUAACAUUUCGUACUUAUGUUUGGACAUCAAAGAUUUGAACUUUAGUCAGAGUUGAAUGUGCUCAUAUAAUACGUUUAGUUUGAGUGCUGUGUCUCACUGUUGUGUACAUACAGUUUUGAUGGACCAAAUAUUUAACCUAAAAAAAAUAUAUAGAGCAUUAAGUCUAUUAACUUUAAUACAUAUAUAGCUUUUAGUGUCCAGAGGAGCUGUAGUUAUGUUUGUAAACAUUUUACGAUUUUAUUUGUUCAUGUAGGUGAAUGUGAAUAAAAUGGACAGUGCACUUAUGCACGGCUGAUCAUUUUAUAUAAUUUGUCACUCUACAAAUUGUCUCCCAAAUAAAAAUAACUGAAAUCACUAGAGCAAGAGGGCUAAGGUGAAGUAACUUUGGAAAUGUAUUAGGAUCGCCACCUAUUGCGAGUUCACCGUGCUGUGUUUGUAAACUUUACAGUUACCACCAAACUUAAGUUGAUCUGUUAAAGUAAUUUAAGGGGGUGUUAAAAACAGAAGUCUUGUAUGACAGUGAUUCAGCUCGUGGCUAGGUUUGGAGAAGAGCAACAUUAAAAAAAAAAAAUUAAAAAAAAAAGGGAGGAAAUUCAUCAUUAUCUUUAGCAGAGAUUUCAUAUAGGCUAUUAUUAUUGUGUUAUUAUAUUAUUAUUAAUAUAGAUAUUAUUAUAAUAAGGUUCUGAACUUAACACUAAAAUAUUGUGGGUACCAUCUAUUUCUAUUGAUAAGAUACUUAAGGGACACAAUUGACCGAUUGACAAGUGUCUCUCUCAAGACAUCUAUACCUCCCCCUACAUAUUAAUUUGUACACUACGUUUAGUGUAAAAUAGACAUAUUUUACUACACAUGGAUGCUAACUAUCUCUUUUAAAUGCUGUUUUUAAUAUUUAUGACACUAUUGCUGAAAUGUGUCAUCUUGUUAAGGAUAAGAACGUGUAACUUCCUGGAUAUGGAAUUAUCUUCAUUGUAGAUUAUUCAGCAAAAUGUGCAAUUUCAUUUAUCAAUGCUGCACUAGUUUGAUUUCAGCUGUAAUAGCUUUGGCUGUAAAUUUGUCUCAGAAAUGUACAGUUUGAGAAUGUAGAACAAAUUUAUUUUAAUCAGUCUUUUAUUUCAAAAUUCAGUAUUGGUUGCUGUAUAUUAGAAUCAAGUGGACUGUAAAGAUCAGAUUCUCAGUCAUAGGUUUUGAGUUUCCACACUCUUCUCUGUUGAAUAUCAUUUUCAAUGCAGCUGGAGUGAAAAUAUCUCACUGACUUAAAAGUAAUCAGACACACAUUAUCCCCACCAUAUGUUCAGGUUAUGCCAACGUCUUUGGUAGAGGAACCCUUUUUGUACUGAGAGCAUUUCUUUAUAGGAAUGGCACAUUUCUUCUCUUUGAUGUGUUUGAAGUUGUGUGUCUCUAUGUAUAUGUGUGAACAGCUCCUGAUUUCCUGACAUCUGCUGCAGACACCAUGUUUAUUCUGUAUUUACCAAGGGAAGGAUAGGAGAGAAUCAAGCUAUCCAAAACGCAGCAUUUUUAUAAAGGGACUGAGUGUGUGUGGGGCUGGCAUAAGCUGUACUCUCUUAACCAGUGAUCAUUGCUGUAGUUGAUCUUGGUUUUGCAGAUUAUUCUGAUGUUGGUCUGUGUGCUUACCUGUUGUUAUACCUCAAGUUGCUCUCUGUACUGUUUAAUUCAUGCAUGUGUUGAACUCCAAUAAAAUAUACCAAGUUGGUAACCUGUUA